AUGUCGUCGCAGCCGGCAAGGCGCCCCAAGGUCACCGUCAAGCUGAAGCCGCGCGGAGCUGCGGGCGCCGCGGCCAGCACCGCAGCCGCUUCCGCUUCCGCUGCCCACGACUCCAUGUCCGGUCGCAACGGAGGCGGCGCGGGUGACGACGACGACGACGACGACGACGACGACGACGACGACGGCGAUGACGACUCGGGCGACGACUACACCGGCACCUCUUCUAGCCGCUCGAGGAUGGCAAAGGGUAAGGGCAAGGGCAAGACGGCGGUGUCCAACCCGGCCACGGCACCGGGCGGCGGGGGCAGCGACGACGACGGCGAGGGCGAACUGCGCUUCCACAGCCGCGACUUUACCAAGAUGCCGCUGAAGCUAGACCACGCCAGCCGCCCGCUGUGGAUCUCGCCGGACGACGGGCACAUCAUCCUCGAGGGGUUCAGCCCGCUCGCCGAGCAGGCGCAGGACUUCCUCAUCGCCAUCUCGGAGCCCGUCAGCCGACCUGCGCACAUCCACGAGUACAAGCUGACGCCGUACUCGCUGUAUGCGGCCGUCUCGGUGGGCCUGCAGCCCAACGACAUCAUCGAGGUGCUCAACCGCCUGAGCAAGGUGCCCGUGCCCGAGUCGGUGCUCGACUUCAUCCGCGAGUACACGGCGAGCUUCGGCAAGAUCAAGCUGGUGCUCAAGCAGAACCGCUACUUUGUCGAGAGCGCUCACCCGGACAUCCUCCAGAUGCUGCUGCGCGACGACAUCAUCGGCGCGGCGCGGGUGCGCGAGGACCCCAGCGCGGCCAAGUCGGGCCGGCUCGAGGUGCUGGGCAAGGCGCAGGCGCCGACCAAGGGCGACCUGGUCAUCCCGGGCACCGAGAGCGCGGCGAGGAAGGCCAAGCAGGCGGGAGGCGCGGCCCGCGCGCCGACGGGACCGCCCGCCGAGUCUUCGCAGGCGGCGCGGCGGGAGGACGAGGCGGACCUGUUUUCGGCCAUCAUCGGCGUCGACGAGGCCGACGAGCUCGACGAGGACGACACCGUGCACAGCUUCGAGAUCGCCGAAGAGUACAUUGAGCAGGUCAAGAAGCGGUGCAACGACAUCGGCUACCCGAUGCUCGAGGAGUACGACUUCCGCAACGACCAGCUCAACGCCGACCUCGAGAUCGACCUCAAGCCCAUCACGCACAUCCGCCCCUACCAGGAAAAGAGCCUGGCCAAGAUGUUUGGCAACGGCCGAGCGCGGAGCGGCAUCAUUGUGCUGCCGUGCGGCGCGGGCAAGACGCUGGUGGGCAUCACGGCGGCGUGCACCAUCAAAAAGAGCUGCCUGGUGCUGUGCACCAGCAGCGUCAGCGUGAUGCAGUGGCGCCAGCAGUUCCUGCAGUGGAGCAACAUCCAGGACAGCCAGAUCAGCGUCUUUACGGCCGACCAAAAGGAAAAGUUCUCGGGCGCCGCGGGCAUCGUCGUCUCGACCUACUCCAUGGUGGCCAAUACGGGCAAGCGCGCGCACAUGUCGCAAAAGAUGAUGAACUUCCUCGAGAGCCGCGAGUGGGGCUUCAUCCUGCUCGACGAGGUCCACGUCGUGCCGGCCAGCAUGUUCCGCCGCGUCCUGACCAAGAUCAAGGCGCACUCGAAGCUCGGCCUGACGGCGACGCUGGUGCGCGAGGACGAAAAGAUCGACGAGCUCAACUUCCUCGUCGGCCCCAAGCUCUACGAGGCCAACUGGAUGGACCUCGCCGCCAAGGGCCACAUCGCCACGGUCCAGUGCGCCGAGGUGUGGUGCCCCAUGACGCCCGAGUUCUACCGCGAGUACCUGCGCGAAAAGAGCCGCAAAAAGAUGCUCCUCUACUGCAUGAACCCGCAAAAGUUCCAGGCCUGCCAGUUCCUCAUCGACUACCACGAGAAUCGCGGCGACAAGAUCAUCGUCUUUUCCGACAACGUCUACGCCCUCGAGGCGUACGCCUUCAAGCUCAAGAAGCCCUUCAUCCACGGCGGCACCGCCCACGUCGAGCGCAUGCGCAUCCUGCAGAACUUCCAGCACAACCCGCUCGUCAACACCAUCUUCCUCUCCAAGGUCGGCGACACGUCCAUCGACCUGCCCGAGGCCACCUGCCUGAUCCAGGUGUCGUCGCACUUUGGCUCGCGCCGCCAGGAGGCGCAGCGCCUCGGCCGCAUCCUCCGGGCCAAGCGCAGGAACGACGAGGGAUUCAACGCCUUCUUCUACAGCCUCGUCAGCAAGGACACGUCCGAGAUGUUCUACUCGACCAAGCGCCAGCAGUUCCUCAUCGACCAGGGCUACGCCUUCCGCGUCAUCACCCACCUCGUCGGCAUGGAGGACAUGCCCGGCCUCGUCUACAGGACCCAGGAGGAGCAGAUCGAGCUGCUGCAGAGCGUCCUCAUCGCCAACGAGAGCGCCGCCGACCUCGGCUCCGACCUCCGCGGCGGCGAGUGGGCCGAUGACCUCAGCGCCAGCGCCGCGUCCGCCUCGUCGCGCGGCCGCAACGCCGCCGCCGGACCCUCGAACCUGGCCGGCGGCGUCGCCAAGGCCCAGCGCACCACGGGCAGCCUCAACGCCCUCAGCGGCGCACAGCACAUGUCCUACAUCGAGCGCAACCGCUCCGUCAACAAGACGCUCAACAAGGACCAGGGCAGGCACAAGCUCUUCCAGAAGAGGGCGGCCAGCGCCAAAAAGAGGGGCCAGGACGACUAG